AUGCGUGUUCUAGCUUUCUGUGUGCUUAGGUGCCCGAGCUACUGAGGGUCUAAGUCUGGGCAGCCGAAGAGUGUGGUAGGUAACGGUCGUCAGCGCAAGGGUCAUUUCGUCGCUGGGAAGGGACGGCCCUCGCCCGCGGUGAUGGUGGUUAGCAAGAUGAACAAAGAUGCGCAGAUGAGAGCAGCGAUUAACCAAAAGUUGAUAGAAACUGGAGAAAGAGAACGCCUCAAAGAAUUGCUGAGAGCUAAAUUAAUUGAAUGUGGCUGGAAGGAUCAAUUGAAAGCACACUGUAAAGAGGUAAUUAAAGAAAAAGGACUAGAACACGUUACUGUUGAUGACUUGGUGGCUGAAAUCACUCCAAAAGGCAGAGCCCUGGUACCUGACAGUGUAAAGAAGGAGCUCCUACAAAGAAUAAGAACAUUCCUUGCUCAGCAUGCCAGCCUUUAAGAUUGAAUUAGAUUGUAUUGCUCUGUGGAUUUAUUUCUGAAAGUGAAACUUGCCAUAAAUUAGAAAUCAGUUUCCCAAAAUAAAAUCCUUUUUUGUAUGAUGGUAUACAGUUUUCAGUAAUGAUGUAUACAUUGUAUUGAUUUUUUUCCCUAAAUGUGUUAUUUUAAUAAAUAUCUCAUGAAUGAGUUUGAAGUUGCUUGGA